CAAAUCAUCAAAUGUCAGAAUUUUAUUGAGGUUAUAAUUUCAAUAAUAACAUAAUUUUGUACAAAUAAUUUUUUUAAGAUUAUUUUCUGUAUCGUAUAAUGAAUCUUAUACGAAGAGGGUUAUCUCUGGUGUCCGCAGGAAUAAGGACUCAAUAUGCAACAAUUACAGCGCCCACCUCGUCGGCAGUGAAGCCGCCAGCACUACCAUCUUUAUUUCCAACACCUGGACAGUCCCUGUUAUCCAGAACCAUGGCGUCGCUAGCACAAAUGCACCGCACAGGCCCGCACAUCAAACUCAGGAAGUCAAGGAACCCGCUCAAUGGAAACCCCUUUGCUAAGGGUGUCGUCCUAAAGACCCUCAUUAAGAAGCCUAAAAAGCCAAACUCAGCCAACCGCAAGUGCGUGCUGGUGCGUCUGUCAAACGGCAAGGAAAUGGUCGCCUACGUGCCAGGCAUCGGACAUAACCUUCAGGAACACAAUAUUGUUCUGGUUAGGGUGGGGAGAUUAAAGGACUGCCCCGGAGUGAAGCUAAAGUGCGUCCGCGGCGUGCACGACCUGCCACACGUGGUCAAACCUAAACCUUAAACCAACCUGUAUAGCUUAC